GCUUGGAGGAGGGGAAUGGGGGAGCAUAUAAGAGGAAUCCUCCUGUUUCACCCCCGUCACAUCGCCUCCACGCUCCUGAUCGCUUUCCUGGGCCGAGAAGCUGAGAAGAGAGGAGAAACCAUGAAGGGCACGCUGCUGAGGAUACUGGCUGCACUGUCCUGCUUGCUGAUUUCCACCUGGGCAAAUGUCGUGCCUGUGCAAGACUUCAGCCUGGAGAGGAUGGCAGGCAAGUGGUACCUGGUUGGCUUUGCUACCAAUGCACAAUGGUUUGUGAAUCACAAGGCAGACAUGAAGAUGGGGACUGCCACGAUAACGCCAACUGAGGGAGACGACCUGGACCUCUCUUACUCCAAUCUGAAUGCUGAUGGUACCUGCUGGAGGAUGACUCACCUCGCCAAGAAAACCGACACUCCUGGACGCUUCACUUUCCACAGCCAGGCUUGGAAUAAUGACAACGACAUGCGGAUUGUCGAUGUGGUGUACGACGACUACGCCCUGGUCCACACCAUCAAGACAAAGGAAGGCGUGUCCGAGGUCUUAAACAAGCUCUACAGUCGCACUCCUGAAAUCAGCGCCGACCUGCAGCAGAAGUUCACUCAGUACUCCAUAGACACGGGAAUCCUCUCAGACAACAUCGCUUUCCUGCCGAAGAACGCUGAAUGUCCUGAGGCCUGAAGAGUCCGCUGCAUCCAACAUGCUCCGUCUGCCAAGCCCCAGACUCUCGCCUGAUGCCUGCACUGUGACAAAGCUCCACCUUGGACAAUAAAACUUAAGCGUCUAGUCUCACAUUCCUUCAGCAAACCAAAGAUUAAGCCUGAUCUGGAUUCAGACUUUAUCCUCUUCAUUCUGCAAACUGACUGUGGCAUAAGAGCGGAUCGACAAAAAGCUGUGGUGGAGGGGGCGGGAAGAGCGUGAAAGGUGUCAAUGUGUGUUUUUAACUGCUGAUCUCCUUUUGUAGUGUCUUUUAAUAAAAUGCAAUCAAAGCAAAUAAAACUAUUGAAAAAGGA